AUGCUGCACAUGAAUGAGGAUGAGUCAAUUUCUGAGUACUUCAACAGAAUAUUGACCAUUGUUAAUCAGAUGAGAAGAUAUGGAGAAAAGAUGGAAUCUCUUCAAGUGAUAGAGAAGAUUCUCCGAUCACUCAGUCCAAUGUUCGAGCACGUGGUUGUAGCAAUAGAAGAGUCCAACGAUCUCAGUGCCAUGACCACUGAUGAGUUGAUGAGCACACUUGAGAUCCAUGAACAAAGGAUCAACAAGAAGACUCCCCCAAGUUCUCAAGAGCAAGCUCUUCAAUCAAAGUUGUCAUUCAGAGAUGACAGAAACGAGCAAGAGGGAACAUCACAAAGAAGUCGAGGAAGAGGUCGUGGUUAUAAUAACCGAAGUUCUAUUUUUCGAGGAAGAGGCGGAAGAGGUCCAGCCAGAGAAGAAAGAAAUCAACCACACUUUGCUCCAAGAGGAAGAGCAAGAGAUUCGGGAGCCAGUAACCACAUGUGUGGUAAAAGAGAGUUGUUCGUUGAGCUUAACGAGACUGUACAAGCACAAGUCUCAUUUAGUAAUUCUUCAAAGACUCCAGUGAAAGGAAGAGGUAAUAUUCUGAUCAAGCUUAAGAAUGGAGAUCAUGAUUACAUCUCCAAUGUUUAUUAUGUUCCUGCCAUGAAGAACAACAUUUUCAGUAUGGAUAACUCCUAG